AUGGAUGAAGAAAACUCUCAAAGAUUCAGAGUAGCGUACGAGGAAGACGUUCAAUACCCUCAAUCGAGUCCAAAGCAGAAGAACGACCAGACUUCCAAUCAGAAGAUCAACACGGAUUGGAGCUAUGCCUCAUUGAUCAUAUCUAUCUACUCGCUGGACAACACUAACUAG